UUUUCUUCCAUCGUUCAAACCUUGUCAUCCAUCAAAAUGGCAGGGAAGCUGGACGAGUUUGACGCUCCUGUGGCAAUGACCGUGUCGUACUGCCAGCGCUUGGCGCCAGACGCCGGGCAACUGCGAGAAUUCACACAGCAGUACACGAAAGCCGCGCUGCUGGACCUGGUGGCUGCACUCGACCGCGACCCGAGUUUGUACAUGCCGCCAGCGUCCACCGCAGCUCCGUCCAAGUCCAGCAAGCAGCACAUGCCAAGCCACAGCGGUGGGCGUGCUGGCCAGAGCCACGGGUCAGCCACUACUGCGCGUCGUGCGGGCGACAGGGAUCAAGCCGUUUCACUCGCCAUGCACGAAACAGCCGCCGCCGACGCGAGCGUGGCCACCGCAGCGUCUCCGCUCGUCCAUGCGUGUGCCAUGCUGAUCCAGCCUGCCAUUUCUCAAAUCCGCAGGCUCCUGUGCUGCCUGGGCCUCAUAACGUCGUCGCCGUCCUCCAUUUCUGAUUGUGAGGUUUAUGACGUGUCGCAUGCUCUCGACAGCGAACAGACCGUCGCCCUCGACAAGCUCAAGCGAGACAUCUUCAAAGCAUAUGCGUAUGCGUUCCCAGAGUCCAAUAUUCUUGUUGAUCAAGAUGGCAUCAUCGGACUGGUGGAAUCUCACUCCCACAUGCCAAGCAUUCAUGCUCUGCCACCGCCACCUCCUCCACCACCACCAAUGGCCCUGCCACCGACAGCUGUCGGAUCACUGUCACUGCUGCGCCCUUCGUCUGUUCCGGAGGCGGCGCCGCGCACAGGAAAAUUCGUCCACGGCUCGAGCGCGUUUUUGUCGGCGUCGCUUAUUAACGGUGGCGCGUACCUCGCAAAGCACACACAGGUGACUGCGCAGGUAAUGAAUCCCGCGGCCAUAGUCAAUCGUCGCGAGAUGCUGCAGCAGUCCUCACCGCCCUCGAUUGCCGCGCGUUUGGGCUCGACCCGUAAGCCGCUUCGGCAAGUCGUCACCCCGCAGCAGCAGCAGCAGCAGCCAGGCGCACGACCAAAGAACAACUUGAUGGCGGAGCUUGCUCACCCAAGCAUCCAAAAGCGGUUGCGGAAAGUCAACCCCGGAAGCGUCUCUCGCAACAAGUCGCGCGUGCAGCACUCCAACUCGAACUCACCGUCGCGCAGACGAACGCGAGCAACACCAACGAGGGAUUUGUCAGAGGCCCUGUUUGCAACCGUUCUCCAGCACAAAUUCCGAAAUGCUCGCAGUCCAAGCGUCGCCGGCAGUGCUCCUGCCUCGCCAUGGAGCUGAUGGCAAUCUGUUUUGGGCUGGGUCUAUGCUCGGGAAUUGAUGAGGAAUGCGUUGUGAGUUUGUUUUUUCGUUACAAUAGAAGUUUAACCCUGUGUUGUUGUUAGGGAUUUCCAGUGGUGUUAUUACGACCUGAGCCAGAAUCACAACUGGAGCAAGCAAUACAAGAAUGUAGUUUGCCGCAAACCGAAUGGCGAAAGGAUGAUCCGUGCUGUGCACGAAACUCUCAACAUGGGCUGAUUUUUGCUCCAUCACUGUCAUCAACCUCAGCGGCUCAAUCUCAACCUGCGAUUUCAACACCGUUCUGGAGCAUUGCUAACAAGUACACUCACUCCUG